GUUCUCCUCAUAUUCGGUCCCUUAUCAUAUCUCAGACCUGCACUGAAUUAUCCUCUCCAUUUGAACUUGCUUCCUUGAGUGGUCUAACCUGAAUGAUCUGCCCUACCAACCUCUGAAGAGAACCUCCCUUCCUUGUUUACCUCUCUCCCGGCAACCGAAUAUUCGCACACCUUGACAGUAGUUACUAUCACAAUAUGUCUCACCCCCACUCUCCUACGUCAUCCGACUUUUCACUCACCUCUUCCUUCGUUCAACUCUCCAUCUCCUCAUCCAGAUCACGCAACGAUGCCCCUCUCAGCGUCCGAAGAACAAGCUCGUCAGCCACCUCAGAGGCUUACUCUAUCCUCUCGGACGAAUACAGUCUCAUCUCCCCUUCUCCUUCUCAAUCAGGACGUAGUGUUUCAGGAUCGCUCAUGUCAGUAGGAGGAGGAGUGUUGGUCAACCGACCAGAAUCAGCGGCAAGUGGUCAUUCGAGUCGGUCCGCUCAGAGAAGAGCGAGAAGGAGGAAAUUGAACGCUGCUACAUCUGUGAGGGACCAAGUCGAGGCUGGUCCCUCCACCACUUCAAAGACGACACUUGGAAAGCUAUCAGACAUUGUACAGUCACCAAAUAAGCAACCGAAGAAAACCACUGCUUCGCCUGCAAAGAAGCCCAUGUCUGCCCCUUCUACACCUGGAAAAGCCAAAUCACCGUCUGAGACGACAAAUAAGGCUCCUACAUCGAAUAUUACUACACUAGCAAAGUCGCCCUCGAAAACGCCAGCUAAAACCUCUGCCAAGACCUCUCAAGCUGGACCUUCUACGCCCGCUGCCAAAUCGUCUACCAAGACCCCAACGCCUGGACCCCUUGUCCCCGACAAGAAACCGGGUUCGAGUACACCGUCAAAGUCAUCACCCAAAAAGGGUCAAUUAUCCCCUUCGAAGUCCCAAGUCUCUUCAUCCGUCCCGACCGUGUCAAAGUCGGCUAAGUCACCCAACAAAUCGUCCUCCAACAAGGGUCCGGGGCCAUCGAAACCUCCCGACCCACCUAAGAUACCACUCAUUUUCCACCAACCACCGACUCCUGCUCGUCUAGACCCCACGGAUGGAUCUAUUGUGGUCCUCGAGAAGAAGAAGAGGAUCCGGCGAGGAGGAAAACAAGUUCGGGGAAGGCGAGACAAAGCAGCCGUGAGGGAAAUGCUGGUCCCUGAUGCAGAGGCCUUGGCGGACGAACAUCUCAUCACUCCUCAAAGUUUGUCAAGACUCUCACCGGAGGAGGAAGACGAAUGGUCCGAAGAUGGGUCUUCGGGAUAUCUUCACGCUGAGACGGGGACAGAUGAGGACGAGGAUGAUGAGGAUGAAGUGGAUAAUUUGUCUGCACUGGAUGAGGAAAGUCUGGAAGGAAGUCCAAGGAACGGCACACGAUACGCCAAAAGUGUACUGAGUACCGAAGAUGCAAAGUCGUCCAUUGACAGCUUUUUGACAGACUCGGACAACUUUACCCUGUUCAAGGCGAACAAACUUCGACUCUGGCAGGCAAUAUGUAUCGAGCUCGGUCUCGUCGCCGUUCCCUCGGAAUCCUCCUCUCCUGUCAUCACUUCUCAACCCUUUGAAACUGAAACCGACUCAGACUCUGAUGACACGAUUGACGGUGAUUCUCGCUGCUCGACUCCUCGUCCUCCUCUACCCCCAAUCCCACAAAGCCUGACACAAGCACGUAGGAUUCUCCAAAUGUCGGGUCAUGUGAAUAUCAUCGAAUAUCUCGAUGCGAGACGUAGUGGAGCGGAGACGGGUGCAGGAUCAUACGAGUAUCUGAUCUAUCCCAGUGCAGUAGAGAUGAUGAGAGUGGCUAGGAAAAAGAAGAAGUUGGCUCGUCUGCAGGAGGUAAAGAGGGAAUGGCUCGAACCUCUGUUGCGUGAUUUCGGCUUCAAACGUCGCAGGGAAGCUGCUGUCUGACCGAUUUUGGAAGGAGUUCCGGAGAGGAAGGAAGGACAAUGCGAUCUGUCAAGGACUUUGGAUUUGAAUACAUCUGGAUACGUAUGGAAGGAAAUGUGCUAUGCAUGCUGGUGCGUCAUG